CCGGCGCGAGGGGCGUCCGCGAGCGGCUUUCCGUGCCCCGCCCUGUUUCAGAGCCGCCGCCCCACGUGUCCCGUGAAGUCGAGGGCAGCUCCGGGAGGCCCCCCACCCCCGUGGGCCAGGCGACGGGCACGAUGGCUGGGAAGAGGCGGGUGGGCCGGCAGGGGCCGCUGCUGGGGCUGCUGCUGGCCACCGCCACUGUCCACCUUCUCACCUGCCCGUACGCCAAGGUGGAGGAGAGCUUCAACCUGCAGGCCACGCACGACCUGCUCUACCACCGGCUGCAGGUGGACAAGUACGACCACCUGGAGUUCCCCGGAGUGGUGCCCCGGACAUUCCUCGGGCCCCUGCUGAUGGCAGCGCUGGCCAGCCCGGCGGUGUGUGUGCUCUCGCUGCUGGACGUGUCCAAGUUCUAUUCCCAGCUGGUUGUCAGAGCUGUCUUAGGACUUGGUGUGAUUUCUGGACUCUGGACUCUACAAAAAGAAGUGAGACGGCAGUUCGGGGCCACGGUGGCCACGAUGUUCUGCUGGGUGACGGCCACCCAGUUCCACCUGAUGUUCUACUGCACACGGACCCUCCCCAACGUGCUGGCCCUGUCCGUGGUCCUGCCGGCCCUCACGGCCUGGCUGCAGCGCCGCUGCUCCCGCUUCAUCCGGCUCUCAGCCUUCGCCAUCCUGGUCUUCAGGGCUGAGCUGAGCGCCUUUCUGGGCCUCCUGCUGCUGCUGCUGCUGCUGGCCCACAGGCUGUCUGUGUCCAGCGCCCUGCGCUGCGCCCUGCCUGCUGGCAUCCUCUGUCUGGGACUGACGGUCGCUGUGGACUCCUGGUUUUGGGGUUACCUCGUGUGGCCAGAAGGGACGGUGCUUUGGUACAACACGGUCCUGAACAAAAGUUCCAACUGGGGAACCUCACCGCCGCUCUGGUACUUCUAUUCGGCGCUGCCGAGGGGCCUGGGCUGCAGCCUGCUCUUCGUGCCACUGGGCGCGGUGGACCGGCGCGCGCGGACGCUGCUCUUGCCCGCCCUGGGCUUUGUGGCGCUCUACUCGCUGCUGCCGCACAAGGAGCUGCGCUUCGUCAUCUACACCUUCCCGGCACUCAACAUCGUGGCCGCCAGGGGCUGCGCCCGUCUGCUGAGCAGCCGUAGGAAGUCGUGGCUGUAUAAAGCGGGGUCCCUCCUGGUGCUGGGGCACCUUGUCCUGAACGCCACCUACUCGGCCGCCGCCCUGUACGUGUCCCACUUCAACUACCCCGGCGGUGCAGCCAUGCAGCGGCUGCACGAGCUGGUGCCUCCGCGGACAGGGGUGGUUCUGCACAUCGACGCAGCUGCUGCGCAGACCGGCGUGUCCCGCUUCCUGGAGGUCAACGGCGCCUGGAGGUAUGACAAGAGAGAGGAUGUGCAGCCUGGGGCGCCGCGCCUACUGGACUACACGCACCUCCUCAUGGAGGCGGCCCCCGCGCACCUGGCCCUCUAUGCAGACUCGCAUCGGGUCCUGGCCAGCAUCACGGGCACCAGCGGGGUGAGCCUGAACCUGACGCAAGUGCCCCCCUUCGACGUCCACCUGCAGACCAAGCUGGUGCUUCUAGAGAGACGCCUCAGCCCCUCCUGAGGGGACCCCUUGUGGUGCUCCCCACUGCCAGGGGCGACGUGAUGGCAGGAAAAGGUGCUGCUCACAGCCGGGGAGACAGUGUCCUCUGGGGGCUGGGACAAGCCCCUGCCGGACGCAGGACACACGCCAGCCACAGGCCACUGGGUUUCAGAGGGAGCUGAUAAGCAUGGGCGGGGGGGAUACCCAGAAUAUGAAUAAAGCCCUUUAAUGUUCUCCUACCGUCCCGGGUGGCGUCUCCAGGUUUUUCUGCCUCGCCUAGGUUUUACUUUUAAGUGAUUACUCUGCACUUUGAACAUGCCUGGUGCUGCGAGCGGAUCCCUCUGUCAGGCGCCAGGAUGCCGCUACUCUGAAGAGGGAGAGGACGGGCCGGCAGGCGGCGUCCCCAUGCACGCCGGCGCCUGAGCAGGUAGUAAGGCCCCACCUCAGUGUGGCGGGCUCCCUUCUCAGGACUCGGCGCCCCGGCCGGCCCAGCCAGCAGGGCUCCGAACCCCACACUGAGACUCGCUGAUGCCACCCGUGCCGCGCCUGCCAGCCCCGUGGCCACGGUGGUGGCUUUGUCCUGAGCUUCGCAGCUGCUUCUGUGAAGACGGGCCAGGCCCCAGAGCCAGCAGCCUGCGCGCUGCACACCACUGGGGGGCCCAUCUGGAACUCGCCCCACAGCUCUCCGGGCUUCUCGGUCACCUGCACCACAUACUCCAGUACGCGGCCCGGCUGCCGCCUGCUGGCUCACGCGUUGAGGUUGUCGCACUUGCAGCUUCCGGCGGAGGACCAGACAGCAAUCCCGUGCGCGUUUUCCUGCGUCCGAGGUCUCCUCGGGUGAAUCCCCGGAGCGGGACUGCUGGGCCAGCGGACGGGCACGUUAGCUUUUCGAGACGUUCUCUCAACUUCGCGCGUCCCCGUGCGUCAGACCUGUCUGUAGCUGGAUCGUGGCCGGGAGGCUUUUCCCACACUGUUCUUUCCUCAGCACGUCCAGCCCUGCUUUCGCAUGUGGCGCCUGAUCCGCGCGGGGCUGCUCCUGUGCGUGUUGACGGGUGGCUCUGACGUUCCUUUUCUCCACACGCUGUCCGCUUAGUAACGACCCCCUCUGCCUGAGAGGCUGGAGGUAAAGGAACUUCAUCCCAAGUCUGGCAAUUAAAAAUAAAGCUGCUGCACACCCACAGUAGGUUUAUUGGGCGAGUACCAAGGACCGAGAUUGGUGGGUCACACCAGACACACGUGUCUGGCGUCACAAGCAACCCACAUUGCUGAGGGCCGUGCCAUCGUGUUCUGGCAGUAGCGCGAGCCUUCCCCGCCUGCACCUGGCAUCCAGUUUGGGGUGCCCGCGCGCCGACAGCAGCAACUUCUGGAUUUCUUGGGCGUCUCCCUGGUGACACGCGCUUGCCGCCCUGCUCCUCCCGUGCGAAGGGGCUGCUGAGGGCUCAAAGUCCCUUUCUAAGUCAGGUGGUUUGCUCCUCGUUGCUGGCUUUUAAGAGCGCCUUGUACGUUAUGGGUGACGUCUCUUUACAAGUGUCCUUUGCAGAUGCUCCUCCUACUGCAGUGCGUACCACACCCUGGGGUCUUCCUCCCACCAGCAGCAUCUGGUUUGGCCCCGUGACCGACUGUGGGCCGGUCCCUGCAGGGCAGGCCCAACGGUAACGCGCUUCCUCGCUUCCCCCUGGGGAAGUCUUCACUCCUGCCCCGCUCCCGGACAGCUCUCUCAGGUAGCCAGCUCCUGGCUAACCGUCUUCUUUUAGCAUCUUGAGUAGGUUGGUCCACGUUCUCCCGGCCCCCAAAGUUUUUAAAGAGAAAUCCACUAACGAGCUUGCUGAGCAUCCCCUGUACGUGAUGACGCGUCUCUUGCUGCUUCCAAGAUUUGCUCUUUCAAAGUCUGAUGGUGGCUCUGUGUGGAUCUCUUGGAGUUCAUCUUUUUUUUUUUUUUAAGAUUAUUUAUUUAUACAAGCACUGGGCACAGUCAGAGGCGCGGGAGGGUGAGAGAAUCCACCAGAGCCAGAGCGGGGAGCAGAGCAGGCAGAAGGACCGAAGGACACUGCUGAGGGGAGCAGCGGGCGGCAGGAGAGGUCUGCGUGCCGUGUGGGACCCUCCUCCGGUGGCCGGGGAUGGAACCGGAGCCGCAGAGGCUGCGGGCAGCUUCGCAGCCCAGCGCUCAACCGCUGCGCCACCGGGAAGGCCCCCAUGGAGUUCACCUUGGAGCUCACAGAGAUUCCUGAAUGUUUAGUCACGUUGAACCAAACCUGGGGCCCUUGUCUUGCCGCUGCAGCCCGCGUCCUCCAUCCUCUCCCCCUCUGGGAUCUGCUGGACUCAUGCAGGUCUGCUGUACUCAUGGGGCGUACCUGCCCCCCUCAGGCUGCCUGCCUAGCCCACCCCAUGGGACAGUGCCUGCCUGGGAGCUACCCAGGGGUCGGCC